CCACCACAGCGGGGCUCACAGCUUCUUGGAGAAGUGCUCCAUACCACAAAGCCCUUUUCAAUUAGUGCGCCACCCCUCAAAUUUUUUCUGGUGUUCGCAGCUCCCACUCCUCUUCCAACAAAAAAACAAGGUACAUAUGGCUUAUUCCGUUCUUGCAAGCCUGCCACCACCAUUGUUGGUCCACAGAAGAGAGGCCCUUGUGAGGGCUCUUAAUAGAUUCCCAGUUUCUAUCAAUAGAGGGAGACAGAGUUCUUUAUCUGUUGUUGCAAAGGCUACAGGAGAAAGUUCUGAAUCUUCAACAACCCUGAGCAUUGUUAAAUCGGUUCAAAAUGUUUGGGGUGAUCCUGAAGAUCGGUUUGCUCUGUUUGGUUUGGGGUUUGCUGCUAUAGUAGCUGUAUGGGCAUCAGCAAAUCUGAUUACUGCCAUCGACAAUCUUCCUCUAAUCCCAGGUGUAUUUGAAUUCAUUGGGAUAUUGUAUUCCUGGUGGUUCAUAUAUCGGUAUCUGUUGUUCAAGCCCAACAGGGAAGAGCUGUUCGAAAUCAUCAACAAGUCUGUAUCGGAAGUACUGGGCCAGUGAAGUCUGCGGCCAGAUGGAGCAGCCAAAUGUAACUGCGGGUGUAUUUUCUGAAUACUGGAGCAAAUUUCUCAAGUGUUGGCUGGUUUUGUAUUGCUUUACCAAUGAAAGUUUUAUCAUCAUUUACAUCAGGGAUAGUAUGCUACUUGGGUUCUAUGCUAAAAUGAAUGAUCUGGGUUUUAUAAGAAUGGAUUCAACUAUGAUGCAACUCUUCCAGAAUC